GUAAUAUCCGUUUUUUCACGGUCUGUUUCAUCGCAACAACGAUGUAAACAAUUAACUUGAUCAACAUAUUUAUGUCAGACUGCAAUACUCUAUUAUAUUUAAGUAUAUUUAGGUAUCUUGAGGUUAGGUGGUUACAAUGACGUCGACGGAGCGACAGUGGAGACGAAAAUUGCCGGCCAGAUUUCAGAUAUUGCUGCAAAGACUAGGUCGCGUGAUUGUUAGAGAAAAUCCAUCGAACUUGUUUGAAUUUGCUGCAAAAUAUCUUGAAGAAAAACUGAUAGAAGAAGAAGCUGAACGGAAGGCUUUACCCGAAUAUUCCUAUUUAAAACAACUGCUGAAGAAGAAAUAUCCUGAUAUAUAUACAAUUCCACCAAGGAAUGAUUCUGAUGCUGAACACGCAGAUGCCAUUCUUGCUUCUGCUGCGGCGCCACCUCCCGAGGAAUCAAAGAGCGCUACAGAUAUUGCAGAACCGUCUGGUAAGAGCUUAGAAGAACAAACAGCGAGUGCCCCUGCCAUAUCUAUCAAAGAAAAGGACGAAGAUCCGAAACUUCAAAGACAAUCAGAAAGUGCUGUAACUGACCUCCAGACAGAUACACAAGCUAUGGAACAGCAGGGAGUUGAUCAGCCUAAAAUGGAAGGAGAAGCUGGCAGAGCAGGCACACCUGUUGCCGUAGAGGCUGUAGAGAUUGCUAUUGAUUCAGCAAAGAAUCUAAACGAAAGUGAAGCUCAAGCAGCCGUUACAGAUCUUGUACAGGCUGUUGAAAAUGCAUCAGCCGAACAUCAGGCUAUUGAAACUGAACAAAAGGAAGAACAAUUAACUACUGAAAAUGCUCAAAAUAUUUCAGAUGAACAGGGCACAACUGACAUACCGUCGAUAGCAGUUCAAGAACAUAUUGAAACUACUAAGGAAGAAUUAAAAGCAGAGACUGCGGUAACAAACGAAACGCCACCACAAGAAACUGAUGAGCAAACUGUAGAGUCACAAGAACAAGAAGCUACAGAGCAUCCAAAAGAUUCCCAGCUUGCUGGACAAGAACCAAAGACGGAAGAAAAACCCACAGAGGAAUCAGCGCCAACAGAACUGGCAGAUCAACCGCCUGUCGAAGAACCAGUACAAAAAGAGCAAGUAGUGCAGCAGGCCGUUGUAGAAACAUUAGAAGCAGAAACUGUAGAACAAACUGAAGCAGCGCCUGUAAGUCAACAAACAACUGACGAGUCAGUUCAAAGAUCAGAACCUUCACAGCCAGAACCUGUAGACCAAAAAGCAGUGGAAUCGGUACAAAAUCCAGAAUGUACAGAAGAGCAAACAUCAGAUGUAACAGACCAACCCGCAGACGGAUCAGCACAAGUAGAAAUUGUAACGCCACCGGUUAAGGAAUCGGACAAAGCUAAUGAACAACAAGCAGGUGAAGAAGUUCAGCAAGAAGAAUUAUCUAAAACUACCGGUCAAUCAGCAGAAGAAUCGGCACAGCAGUCUGUAGAACCUAAAAAAGAUGAAGAACAACAACCUGCAAAAGAGCCAUUAGCACAAUCAACACAGCAAUCAGAAACUAAUGCUGAAACCACAGCAGAUUCGACACAACUUCAAGAUUCUGAGGAAUCAGCAAAUGCAGGACAAAAAGACACAUCAGAACAAACAACUCUGGAAUCAGUACCUGCAGACUCUACAGUAAAGCCAGCUGAAGAAUCGGCACAGCCAGAACCUUCAGAACAGCCAGCUGAAGAAACAAUACAGCCAGAAGCAUCAGAAAAGCCAGCUGAAGGAACAGCACAGACAGAAUCUUCAGAACAGCCCGCUGAAGAAACAGCACAGCCAGAAGCAUCAGAAAAGCCAGCUGAAGAAUCGGCACAAGCAGAAUCUUCAGAACAGCCAGCUGAAGAAACAGCACAGCCAGAAUCUUCAGAACAGCCAGCUGAAGAAUCAGCACAGCCAGAAUCUUCGGAACAGCCAGCUGAAGAAACAGCACAGCCAGAAGCAUCAGAAAAACCAGCUGAAGAAACAACCCAGCCAGAAGAAUCAGAAAAGCCAGCUGAAGAGUCAGCACAAGCAGAAUCUUCGGAACAGCCAGCAGAAGAAACGAUUCAGCCAGAAGCAUCAGAAAAGCCAGCUGAAGAAACAGCACAAGCAGGAUCUUCGGAACAGCCAGCAGAAGAAACGACACAGCCAGAAGCUUUAGAACAGCCAGCUGAAGAAGCAGCAAAGCCAGUGUCAUCAGAUCAGCCGGCAGAAGAAUCGGAAAAGCAUGCAGAAGAAUUGGCGCAACCUGAAUCGUCAGAUUCGCCGGCGGAAGAAUCGGCACAACCAGAAUCGUCAGAACCGCAAGCAAUAGAGUCUGCACAGCCAGAAUCUUUACAACAGUCAGCUGAAGUAUUGACACAACCUAAAUCGUCAGAACCACCAGCGGAAGAAACUGCACAGCCAGAAUCGGCAGAACAGUCAUCGGAAGUUAAGGCAGAACCAGAAUCGGCAGAACCGCGGGCGGAAGAAUCAGCACAGCCAGAAUCGGCAGAACAGUCAUCGGAAGUUAAGGCAGAACCAGAAUCGGCAGAACCACGGGCGGAAGAAUCUGCACAGCCAGAAUCGGCAGAACAGUCAUCGGAAGUUACGGCAGAACCAGAAUCGGCAGAACCGCGGGCGGAAGAAUCAGCAAAGCCAGACUCGACAGAAAAGCCAUCUGAAGAAUCGGCACUGUCAGAAUCGUCUGGACAGCCAGCGGAAGAAUUGGCACAGCCUGGAUCAUCAGAAACGCCAGCGGAGGAAUCGGCACAACAAGAAUCAUCUGAAAAGACAGAAGAUAAAUCCGCACAGCCAGAAUCUUCAGAACUUCCAGUGAAAGGAUCGGCACAGUCUGGAGCUAUAGAUAAUCAACCAGAAACAGCUGAAACGACUGAAGAAUCUUCUAAUGUAGAAAAGAAAGUUGAAAGCACAAAUAAUGCUUUAGAAGAGUCUACGGAAACACCUGUUGAAUCUAAUGUAACAAAGACCGAAGAUGCACCAGCAUCAACGGCAGAAAUAAAGUCAAAUUCCGCUGAAAAGUCACAAAAAACCAAUGACGAGGAAGCAGAAAAUAAUGAAGGGAGUGCAGUGACCAACCAAAAUCAACAGCAGGAACAAGUUAAUAAUAAUGCGGAGUCAGAACAGAAAAACACUUCGGCAGAAUAACAAUCAGUAGAAAAAAGUUUAUAAUACUAAAAAACAUUCUUUUAUGGGUGUAAAAGGGACUUUUUUUAGAAUUAUUUAUAGCUGAGAACGUGUUUGGAAUUUUCAUAAAAUUCUUGAACGUUUUAGUACAUUAGUAUUAACUUUGUAUGUAAUAUAUAUUGAUAAAAUGCAUUCAUUUAUUUUGCCUUAUUAACGUUUUUUGUUUAUCUUUUAUAAGCAAUGCUUUAACAUACCAAUUUUAUCCUUGAAUGAUUUCAUGUGAGCUAUUAAAGUUAUAUCGCACGCUCGUAUACAAUUUUUAACAUAUAUUUAUAUACUUAAUAACUGUAACAUUCAAUAAACUGUGAUAAAAUUACAA